CCGCUCCCUCGUUCACUAUUCCCUAUAUAGCAAAUGACAAUUGAGUCCACUAUAUGGGGAAGAAGUGAACAAAAAAUGAGUGAGCGAUUUCGGACACUGACGUCAAUGCGUCAGAAAGCUGUUGCAGAGAUUACACGUGUGGCUUUAUUGUUUGUACUGUGAAACGCCAUGUCAACCAAAGAAUCAAAACCAAACCUCAGCCGUUCCCAGAUUACAGAAGUGAUCAAGAAACUCUAUGGCCUGACCGUAUCCAACAUUCGACCAUUACCAAGUUACGAUGACCAGAACUUUUACGUGGACUCUAUUGAAGGUGGAGAAUACUUGAUGAAGGUUAUGAACUCGGCAGACAGUCAAAACGUCACACUGACGGGGCUGCAGACUCACGUUAUGAAUUUCUUACAUCAGAAAGGUCUUCCUACUCAGACAGCUAUACCAACCUUGACUGGCCAACUUAUGAGUCUUGAAGAACUUGAUUGUGGUUUCGGCAACCAGAAAUAUUUGGUGCGCUUGCUUACCUACCUGCAUGGCACUACAGUAGCCAAAAUAACCUGCGGUCCCCAGAUGUUGUAUGAGAUUGGAAAAAUGGCAGCUACGUUGGAUACAAUUCUACUGCAGAUGGAGCACACAGACAUCCGUUCUCUUGAGAGAGAAGGGUUUAUAUGGAGUCUUUCAAAUAUUCCUCUCUUGAAUCAGUACCUGCAUGUGAUGGAUGGGAGUCCCGUACAGAAAAUUGUCAAAGCCGUUUUGGAACAGUACGACACCCAAAUCGUACCGAAACUGACGUUGUUUCGAAAGUGCAUUAACCAUGGAGACCUCAAUGACCACAAUCUCUUGGUGAAACCCGACGGACCCUCGAAAUACAAGAUCUCCGGCAUUCUUGAUUUUGGAGACAUGAGCAGUGGGUAUUUCAUAUUUGAGCUGGCCAUCACCAUUAUGUACAUGAUGAUCGAGAACCCCAAUCCGGUGGAGGUCGGAGGUCCAGUGUUGGCUGGAUGGGAAAGCGUUUUCCGUCUCAAUGAUGCAGAAAGAGACUCUCUUUAUUUGCUGGUUUUGUGUCGGUUCUGUCAGUCUUUGGUUCUGGCCCGGUACACAGUUACCCAGCAACCAGAAAACGAGGAGUAUUUGAUGAUCACGUCCAAGACCGGCAUCCGGCACCUCUCCCGUCUUUGGGAACUAGGGAAAGAAGAAGUGGAAAGGAUUUGGUUCCAGAGCGCUGCACAGUUCACACAGACGAUUUUAGACACGAAUUGUAACUAAACACGGUAACAUACUAGCAUACUAGUGUGACUUACGUUAAAGGGAUACAGUAGUUAAAUCAAAAAGUGAUCAGUUUUAUUUUUGGGCUUAAUUUUAUUUCAAACCUGUAUAUUAUUUUUUGUAUAAUUUUUGAAGAAUAUCCUGGGGACUCUUUUUCAUAUAAUGAAAGUUGAAAGCAUAGUAUGUUAGGACUUACAGUUAUAUAUAACUGUCAUAGUGGCCUUCAGCUCUUCUGCAUUGUUGGGUCUGGCAUAUCGCAUCUUCUUCUUCAGAAUACCCCAUAGAUUUUCUAAGGUCAGGGAGUUUGCUGGCCAAUUAAGAACAGGGAUACCAUGGUCCUUAAACCAGGUACUGGUAGCUUUGGUGCCAAAUCUUGUUGGAAAAUGAAAUCUGCAUCUCCAUAAAGUUGGUCAGCAGCAGGAAGCAUGAAGUGCUCUAAAACCUUUUGGUAUAUGACUACGUUGACCUUGGACUUCAGAAUACACAGUGGACAACACCAGCAGAUGACAUGGCACUCCAAACCAUCACUGACUGUGGAAACUUUACACUGGACCUCAAGCAAUGAGGAUUGUGUGCCUCUCCUCUCUUCCUACAAACUCUGGGACCCUGAUUUCCAAACAAAAUGAUAAACUUACUUUAAUCAGAUAACAUAAUUUGGACCACUCAGCAGCAGUCCAGAAGCGAGACGCUUCUGACUCUGUCUGUUGUUCAAGAGUGGCUUGACCCAAGGAAUGCGACAGCUAAAACCCAGGUCUUGCAUACAUCUGUGCGUAGUGGUUCUUGAAGCACUCACUCCAGCUGCAGUCCACUUUUUGUGAAUCUCCCCCAAAUUUUUGAAAGGGUUUUGUUUCACAAUCCUCUUCAGGGUGCAGUUAUACCUAUUGCUUGUAAUUUUUUUCUACCACAUCUUUUCCUUCCAUUCGCCUCUCUAUUAAUGUGCUUGGACACAGAGGUCUGUGAACAGCCAGCCUCUUUUGCAAUGACCUUUUUUGCAAGGUGUCAUGCUCAUCUUUUGUCUUGAUCCUAGUCUCAGAAUAAAAUGCAUGUUUGAGGUGCCUUUAUUUAAAAACAUCUUCCCCUGACAUAUCUUAAUUUAUUUCCGUGCCAUUGUUUUGUCUCGAAAUGCACAUCAGUAAUGUUUAUUUUUUUGUAAGGUCUGUUUGCAAAAACUACAUAAUAUGUGUGUUUUAUGUGUAACACUAGUAUUAUAUGUACUGUACGUGCCAAUAAAGUACUGUAAAUUGA